UUUUUGCAGAUGCACACACCAAAGGCAACAUCAACAAGAAAUUUGUACGAUUUGUCCUUGUCGCUGUCGCCGACCGCCGGUCACCGACGCCGACCGCCGGGACUGACCGCCGGUCACCGACCUCCGUCGCUGAGAUCCGGUUCCCCCCUCUGUACCCCUCCCACCCCACCCCCACCCCCACCCCUUCUCUGUCCAGACCGCCCCCCCUUCCUCCGGCGCCGUUACAACAUUGCAGCAGCCGAAGCUCGGUCUUCAGCUGCACCGCCGCUCCAUCGUCAGCAGCCGCGGAUACAUCUCUGUAGCGAUCCUCCGGCAGUAGGUCGAAGCGGGGCUUGGUUGCCGGCUUGGUCUACAAGUGAAAUCUGUUUUGCUUCGGGAGUAGUCCUUUGAACGUGUGUGUGCCUUGUAUCUCCUAGCUGCUGCUUUGAUAUUGACACCGGGUAUGUCCUUAUAUUUUCCUAUUUUUUUCGUGUAGUUGUGGCUGUGGGUGGUAAUGGGUGGUUAGGGUCAUGUCCGAGGGGGUUGGGGCGUGGGGCUGUGGCGGGGGCG